AUGGCACAAUUCACAAACACGAGUGCAGCUGCCGUGGUUUGGGCCCUGACACAUCUAAUGAAGAAUCCUAGAUCAAUGGAGAAAGGUCAAGAAGAAAUUAGAUCCUUAAUUGGAACUAAAGGUUUUGUAGAUGAAGAUGACACCCCGAAACUGCCGCAUCUUAAAGCCAUAGUGAAAGAGACAAUGAGAUUGCAACCGAUAGCCCCAUUACUGGUUCCAAGAGAAACUACGGCAGAAUGCAUCAUAGAUAGAUAUGAAAUAGCAGCUAAAACACUGGUUUAUGUGAAUGCAUGGACAAUAGGGAGAGAUCCUGAAGCGUGGAAUAAUCCGGAAGAAUUUGAUCCUGAUAGAUUCGUUGGCAGUUGUAUUGACUUGAAAGGACAACACUAUGAGCUAAUACCAUUUGGCGCCGGCCGAAGAAUUUGUCCAGGGAUGCUCAUGAGAAUUGCAACUGUGGAUCUUUCACUUGCUAAUCUGCUUUACAAAUUUAAUUGGGAAAUGCCGAUGGUAAUAAAGGGUGAAGACAUGGAUUUAGAUUGGUGAGGAUUAUCAUAUAAAGGAUGAAGAUGAAUAUAGAGGAGCCUCACCAAAUAAUUC